AGGAAAAGAAACGGAAACCGCUUUGGGCUGAAACGAGACCCAAAAGCCAUGGCCUCUGAUUACUAUUCAUCUCACGAUGAAGGGUUUGGGGAAAAGGUCGGCCUGAUCGGUGAAAAAGUUGGUUUCAGAAGAUGUGGUGCGUCCCCUGCUGCUUCAAACCCUCCACUUCUGAGGAUCAUUUUGAAGCAGAAACUAGUCACGUCAUAGAAGCUUCACUGCAUGAAGCUGAUAUUCAAAGAGCUAAACAGAUUUCUUUGGCCGAUUAUGAAGCUCAACAGCUUGAUUUGGCCACUCAUGAAGCUGAACAGCUUGAUUUGGCCAUUCAAGAAUUCUCUCGUCAAGAGGAGGAAGAGGAAAGAAGGCGCACCAGAGAGUUAGAAAAUGAUGCGCAGAUAGCAAAUGCUCUUCAAGACGAGGAAAGAGAAAGGCUGAUCAAUAAGAAAACUGCAUUGGAAGACGAAGAAGACGAGCAGUUUGCUAAGAUUCUUGAAGCUGAACAGCUUGAUUUCGCCAUUCAAGAAUCCUCUCGUCUUCUUCAAGAGGAAGAAGAGGAAAGAAGGCGCACCAGAGAGUUAGAAAAGGAUGCGCAGAUUGCAAAUGGUCUUCUAUAUGAGGAAAGAGAAAGGCAGAUGAAUAAUAGAUCUGCAUCGGAAGACGAAAAAAAUGUGCAGCUUGCAAAGGCUCUUAGGGAGAGUUUAAAGGAGAAUGGAAAUGGAAAACAACUUGAAGAUGAACAAGUGAAGAAGGAUAGAGAGCUUGCUGAGAGGCUAAACGUGUUAGAGUCUCCUCCUCAAAGCAAGCAAAAUUUUAGGAUUUCUCAUAGAGCUCCAUCGAACGUUGAUGAGCAGUUUGCAAACGUUCUUGAGGAGAGUUCAAAGGACAAAGGAAAAGGAAAACAACUUGAAGAUGAACAAGUGAAGAAUGAUAGAGAGCUAGCUGAGAGGCUAACCAUGCUAGAGUCUCCUCCUCGACUUGAAGAAAAUAACAACAUUUCCACUGGAGCUCCGUUUGAUGAAGAUGAGCAGCGGAUUAUUUUGGAGAGUUUGAAGGGGAAGGGUCAAAUAACACAAUCCAAAGAGGAAGUGGAAGAAGAUGGAAAGCUCCUAGAGGUGAAUCCUCCUCGUAGCAUGUGUGGUGGUUGCAGCUCUGCGGUUGAUCAUGGAAGAUCUGUGAAUGUUUCAGGUGUUCUUUGGCAUCCUAAUUGUUUGAUUUGUGAUGCUUGCAAGAAACUAAUUGCUAUCCACGAGGUUGAAAGCCAUGUUUCAAACUCAAGAGGCAAGUAUCACAAAUCCUGCUAUGAACGGUACUGCUGUGUCUGCAAAGAGAAGAAGAUGAGAAACUUCAAUGAACAUGAGUUCUGGAAGGAGAGAUACUGCCCUGCUCAUGAAGCUGAUGGAACUCCCAAGUGUUUCAGCUGCGAAAGGUUAGAGUCUAGGGGAACAAACCAUGUAAUGCUUGGUGAUGGUAGAUGGCUAUGCCUAGAAUGUAUGAAUUCUGCCCUUAUGGAUUCUGAUGAAUGCCAGCCUUUGCACUUUGACAUGCGUGAAUUCUUCGAAGGCUUACACAUGAAGAUUGAUAAAGAAUUUCCUUUUCUUUUGGUGGAGAAACAAGCGCUGAAUAAAGCUGAGAAGGAAGAGAAAAUUGACUAUCAGUAUGAGGUAGUAACCAGAGGUAUUUGCCUGUCUGAAGAGCAAAUUGUCACUAGUGUCUCAAAAAUGCCAAAGGAGGUGUUGAACAACCGGCUUGUAGGCAUGGCUAGGGAAUCACAAAGGGUUGUUCGCAAGUGCGAGGUCACUGCAAUUCUCAUCUUAUAUGGACUUCCUAGGUUACUAACAGGAUAUAUCUUGGCUCACGAGAUGAUGCAUGCUUAUCUUCGACUCAGUGGACAUAGGAAGCUUAACAAAGUUUUGGAAGAAGGAAUAUGCCAAGUGUUAGGCCACAUGUGGUUGGAGUCUCAGACAUACGCUGCUGUUGAUGCUAGUGCCGAUGCAGCUUCAUCAUCAGCUUCUUCUUCCUCCCUCACUCCUCAAGCUAAUGCUUCAAAGAAAGGUGAGUGGUCUGAUUUCGAGAAGAAGCUGGUGGGGUUUUGCAAGAAUCAGAUAGAGACAGAUGAAUCACCAGUCUACGGUGUUGGGUUCAAGAAAAUGUUUUCUCUCAUCUUCUCGAACCCUGUCAAGCCUUUUAACUCCGUAAUCAUCCAUCAAAUUCGAUUCUUUUCCCGUGACCCAUUCCCCAACAAAGUCCAACACUACCUUUAUCGAGCAAACCUCAUCGACUCUAUCCGUCUCAGCCUCCGCUCCACAACAACCUCAGACCCGACGCUUCCUUCUCUUCUAGACCACCGUCUUCUCGAUUCCUUUGUCGUCAAGAACGCUUUACGCUCAUCUCCUUCCGUCGCUUCUGCUUGGUCUAUCUUCAAAACUCUUAGAAGAAAAAAACCUCACUUUUCAUUUGAAACUGAGACACUUCACGCCUUUGCCACUGUUCUUGCAAAGUUUCAUCGAUCUUCGGAGCUUAACUCUCUAAUUGGAGUUGUCAAUGCUGGGAAAUUCGGCCAAGUUCAUUUCAGCUUCAUGAAUCUCUUGAACUUGUAUGCAACUGCUGGUGAUUUCGACUCGGUUCUGAAGACGUGGGACGAGUUCAGAUGCUCAGGAGAGGAGAAGAAAGGCUGCACUGAGUCUUAUAACAUUGUGAUGCAAGUUUACAUGACUUUGGGUAAAGAUUCUGAGGCUGUGCAGACUUUUGAUCAGAUUAUCAACGACGGAGGGAUUCCGAAUUCAAGAACAUUCACAAUUAUGAUUGAGCAUCUUUUGAAAUUGGGGAAUCUUGAUGCAGCCAUGAAGGUUUUUGAGACCUUGCCUUUGAUGAGGAUUACGCGGACUCUGAAGCAUUUUUCGGUUUUGGUUGAAGCGUUUGUCGAUGCGCAACGGUUUGGUAAAGUUAAGACUCUGCUUGCUGAGAUGAAAGCUGAUGGGAAGUUUCCAAGUAGACGCAUGCUUGAGCCUCUGAAACUCAUGAGGGAGGCUGGUUUUGAACAAGAAACAGAGGAGUUCUUGAGAGAAAUGUUGCCAGAUGAGAGAAUUAAGGAUAUUUCUAUGUAUUCUAUGGAUCAUCCCAGCGAUAGCGAAGAAGAAGGAGAUGAGCAGAAUGAUAGCGUUAAUGAAGGUCAAGUUAAGUUGAAGCCAUGGCUGGAUCCAAAAGCUUUAGCAACUUCGUUAAAGAAAUGGAGCUCUGAUGCAGUCACUGCUUUGGAAGAAGCUAACUUCGUCUGGACAAAUCUACUGGUCUGCAAGAUGCUAAGAAACUUCAGAUCACCUGAAACAGCAUGGAGUUUCUUCUGCUGGGUGGCGAUUCAACCUGGAUUCACCCACGAUGCCUAUACGAUUGAGAGAAUGAUGGCUAUGUUAGCACGCAAUGGCCAAGUUGAACUGGUCGAUAAGCUCAUCUCCAAAGUGAGAAUGGAAGGGAUCAAAUUACCAUUCAGCACCAUCAGACUAAUCAUUGAUCUCUACGGAAUUUCAAAGAAACCGGACGCAGCCAUCAAGGUUUUCCGCCAAGACAGAACUCUCUGCGGUUCGAUAUCGGAUUUCAACCUCAUGCUGUUGUACUCAUCCCUCUUGAGAACAUUAACAAAGUGCAAGAGAAACGCAGAAGCUUUGGAAACGCUAGAAGAUAUGAUUUUGACGGGAGUUUCUCCCGAUAUCCAGACGUUCUCGGGUUUAAUGUACCACUUUGCAUUGCAGGGAGAGAUUCAAACAGUUGAGAGACUUUUCUCAAUGGUGAGACAGAUCAGUCUUGAACCUGAUCCUUACAUGUUAAAGCUUCUUGUUCAAGCGUAUUGCAGAUGCGAAAGAUCAGUGCUUGCUUACAGAGUGUUCCAAGACAUGAAAGAUUCGAAUCUGAUGCCUGACAAAGAGACGAAAGAGCUGCUUGUCAAGAGUUUGUGGAGAGAAGAGAAGCGAAAAGAGGCUGCUGCGGUUGAAGAGAGCUACGAGGAAGAGAAUAAUAACAAGAAUAGUAGUAACGUUUUGCGUUUGGCGUUGAAGGGUCAUGUGUGGACCAUUAGUUCUACAGACAUUUCUCGUCUCUACAAUCUCUACCGCGAUUGUGUUCUGAAAACUUCGACUUAACAACAUAUCAAUGUUUGACCCAAAGAAAAAACAACAUGAAAUGUUUUGUUUUAAUUGGGCCCAAUGAUCGUUAAAGGCCCAUAGAGUCUGUUGCUAAUAGUAUAUCUUAAAUCUGGUUGGUAAAUAAAUGGGUCACGCCAUU